ACCCAUCUCUGAUGCGCAAGGCAGCAUUCCCGGCAGGAGAUUCUUAUAGAAAAACUUCCAUUUAACUACCUGAAAGCACUUUCUGGUAUUGACCGUUUACAAACCAAUUUUCCCAAUCACAAGACGAUCAUUGUUUUAAAAUUAUUUCAAGAAUCGCCUCGAAACUCCUGUCAAGGGAUAAAAUAAUCAGUGCAAGCGUCGGGAGUAUUUGCUGAUCGGCGCGCCAAACAGUAGCAAGAAACACAGCGACUGGCCGUGUUUGACAAUCUGGUCUGAAGCGCUCGGGCGAGGACGGGAAAAUACGGACAUAUUCCCGGCCUUCCAAACGAAAGAGUUCUCUUUGACUAGCUCUCCCUGGAUAGCCACAGCUUGUCGGCAGGAAUUGGAGGCAGGCCAGCAAAUCGAAACGUAAUUUUUAUUACGAAAACAGAGCUCGGCUUUAGGUUGGGGAAACACUUGAUGACGGGCAGUUGGGAAAGACAUAGUUUGUUGCGUCAGACUUCAAGAGGGAAAUUCUGAAUCGUCGUGUCGGAAUGGAAAGUUGGUUUUAAUUUGAUGAUGUAAGUUGAAAGCGGCUUGUUAAAGGACACAGAGGGAAUUUGUGGAAAUCUGAAGUUGGAAGCAGUGUGUAUGGUUGUUGUAAGGCGGAGAGCUGCUGUAUCCCAUCUGUACCUUGGACAUCUGUCAUCGCUAUGCCGGACAUACUCAUUCUUCUCUCGGUCCUUUUUGUGCUGUGUGUGAAAGAGACAACAACAACUGGUGUAUUCGAGGUGAAGAUCAGAGCGCUAUACAACGACCGAGGGCAGACAGCCGACGGAAACUGCUGCUCUGGUACUCGGACAACAUCGUCAUGUUCCGAGGAGUGUCGGAUAUUUGUGUCUGUGUGCUUGUUGCACUUCCAGAACCCCAUCCCCCCGUCCCCCGCCUGCACGUACGGGAGUGAGGUUACCCCGGUCAUAGGGGGCAACACUAUCGGGGUGGGGAACGAGCUCGGCGACGGGCCGUACAUCAUCAGGGUGCCGCUGACAUUUCUAUGGCCGGAAUCCUUCGCCGUGGUUGUGGAAGCCUGGCACGACGCCCACGGCAAUGAAAGCAGAGCCGAUCCGAGAAAUAUUGUGAUACGGACGGGAAGAGCUGGGAAGAUCAAGCCAUCGACGAUCUGGAAGAACGAGUCUCAGAUAACGAUGACCGCAGACAUCCGUUACAGCUACCGCGUCAUCUGCGACACCCAUUACUAUGGCGACGGGUGUGACCGGCUCUGUCGGCCCAGGGACAACACGUUCGGACAUUACCGUUGCGACAGGAACGGCAGCCGUAUCUGCAUGGACGGCUGGGUGGGCGAGUUUUGUGAUAAAGCGCGUUGCACAGACGUUUGUUUGGAAUCGCAUGGCUUCUGUGACAGGCCCUAUGAGUGCAAAUGUCGCUUCGGAUGGAGGGGAAGUAACUGCGACAAGUGCGUGACGUUCCGGGGGUGCCUUCACGGGACGUGUCGCGAGGCGUGGCAGUGUCUGUGCGAGGACGGGUGGAGCGGAUCACUCUGUUCUAUAGACAACAACUACUGCGCCUCCUACCAGCCCUGUCUCCAUGGUGGCACGUGCAACUAUGAUUCUGUUAGCAACUUCACCUGCACGUGCCCUUCCGGUUAUACCGGAAACCGAUGUCAGUUUGAAACCUGUUUCCGUGGUUACUGCCUCAAUGGCGGUGCGUGUGAGGAGACCGCCGAAGGUCGAACUUGUAGAUGCAGGCGAGGCUUCCAAGGUAGGCGGUGUCAACACAAGGAAGUCACCUGUGGAGAACUAUCCUGCCGGAACAACGGCACGUGCAUGAGAGAGUCACGUGACUGGCGGUGCCUAUGUCCUCCUGGUUUUACAGGCCUCCGAUGUGAAGUCGAAAUCAAUGAGUGUGAAUCUUCCCCAUGUAGAAACGGCGGGAUGUGUCGGGACCGGGUGAACGGCUACCACUGCGAGUGCCCGGAAGGGUACGCCGGCAAGGUCUGCGACUACGUCUUCAACGCAUGCCAAGGUUUCGAGUGCUUUAAUGGCGGAACUUGUCGAAUCUUAGGCCAAUACACGCCUAAAUGUUUCUGUCGGGAAGAAUUCACGGGUUACCGUUGCGAGACCCCCCUCAAUCCAUGUUACGGGAUUACUUGUCUUCAUGGAGGGACGUGCAAGAAAAUCAACGAGCUGACAUUUGAGUGCGCAUGCGCUCCGGGAUAUACCGGAAGUCUUUGUCAGAGACGGGAUACGGAGAGCUCGUGUGAGAAUUCACCAUGUCGGAAUGGCGGCACGUGUAAAUCAUACACGGAUUCCUUUCUGUGUAUAUGUGAACCCGGAUUUGAGGGGGAACUUUGUGAAACGUCCCUCGCUUCUGACGAACCCUGGGGUAACUCAAUAACGGAUGGAAAACACCCAAAUAACGUACAAGCUCUAGAAAAUGGUGCCUCCAGACUUUCAACAAGUGUUCCUCUAUUGUUAUCGUUGGUGGUUUCGAGGACAUUGAUUCUGGUUUCCAGAAGGUAGGAGGAGGAGGAAUAUUAGGAUUAUAAAUUGACUUGUGUAAAUGUUCGUGCGAGGUGUUUUUCCAUUGAACUUUCAUUGAAAGAGGACUUUGAAUAAUGAUACCAGAUCGAAAACGAAAACAGGCGGUGGGGCCGCCAUCUUGUUUUCUAAACCCCAUACCGGUUUUUAUUUUCGGUCUGUCUUAGGGAUGAGGGGAUACGGUAACAGCCGCAGCUGGGAUCAAUACAAGUGGUCAUAGUUGGACCUACGUUUGUGUUACCGAGUGUUAUAUUUCAAAUAUAAUUUCUUAAUGAAAAUAUGGUAGUAUUAUAUAUUUGGUUUGAAUAUACCUAACAGUACAAUUCCAAAUUUUAAGUUUCUGACGUUAUAUUGUGUGAUCGUAUUCUGCGCCUGACUGGCAGUGUUAUUGAAACCGCAGAGCUCCAUCAACUUGUUAAGUUUGGAAAACUAUUAUAGUUAAGAUUCCUUGUGUGGUUGUGAGAGAAUGAUAUAGUGUUACGAAUGUUGUUCUCGUUUGUAAUAUUUCGUCUUUUCUUUGUUCAUUUCAUUCAGCAGAGGUUCAUUGUUGUUUCCCAUUGCAGAUGACGUCAUCAUUACGUCAUAAUACAUAUCUCAUUGUUGACUAUGACGUAGGCAUGCGUCAUAAUACCUAUGUAAUUUGUACAGUGAUAAACGUAUACUCUUUAAACGACUGUUAUUUAACAUGUAUAUACUGUUGUUUUUUAUAUCUAGUGUAGUAUUUAUUUAAUAAGGAUCUUGUAAUAGAUAAAAUCAUCCAUUCAUUCGAUUCGAAACAGUGCGAACGAAACUAUAAAGUGGAAUGAAUUACAUUAAAACGUUGACAGCUGUAUCGACGUCGGAACCUAGUUCCAUAAAAUAUUGUUUGAAGUUCGAAUUUAGAAGAUGUUGUUUUUUUUAAAAUGUGAUGUACAUAUUUCUCAAUCACCGAAAUAUAGUCAAUUUCAUGAGCGUUUACAAGACAAAAAAUGUGAAAAUUGAUAUGUGGAAUUAUUAGCAAAAUCACAUUUGCUUUGAUCGAACGUCUGAAAAUUAAAGAUUUAAGUCUUUCUGUGUGCAAGUAGUCUCCCUUUGAAUACGGGUUUAAACCUCUCAUAUACGUCUGAACGGAGGGACGAGACCCAUGCGGGGAACAGUUAGUGGCCGUUACGAGUUCCUCCCUUGUGUAUUUGGGAGUGUGUCAAAGGUCACACCAUAACUCAACUUGAACCAGGAUGUAUUUAUUCCGCUUCUCGCUCAACUCUUAUACCUGGAUAAGACGGCUGUACAGUUCCGCACACCUUCAGUUAGACUUUUACCCAAGUAAAUACAUUUAUAUUUAGGAAAGAAUGUUUUGUCCGGCAACAAUUUUAAUUUAUCGGCCAUGUUUGGUACUGCAGUUGGUUAUAUUUUCUGCGGUUUUAUGUUGAGCCCUGUCGACAAUAACAGCGGGCAGUACAUCCACGACGCGCCACAAGACGAGGCUUCUGAUUGGUAGGUCAGUUCAUCUGAGGUAUGUGUGGGAAGUCGGAUGACGGGACGUAUAUACUCCUGGUAUGAAAGUAUGACAUGUUAGUAUGGAUAGUUCAACGAUUUGACAAGAACAACGGCAUAUCACCGUGAUAUUUAAAUGCCGAAUACCUCAAUCGAUCAUCCCAUAAUUGGCCUUGUGGUGACCAUGUUCGCUCGUAACGCUGAUGUCAGGUUCCUUUGCACUCUCUGCACUCUCAGCGAAGACCACCAAGAUUGGCGACCCCCCAAAAAAAACCCAAAACAACAACAAACAAACAAACAAACAAACAAACAAAAAACAAAACAAAAUAACAACAACAAACAAACAAAUAAAAAACAAUAUAAAACAAAAAGACCCCAACAAAACAACAACGAACAAACAACAAAAAACAACAACCAAACAACACACACUCUUUCCCGAACUGAUGACAGAUGAUGCUUUCAAUUGAAUGAAACCUCUCUCACUCACCCCGUUGUCUCGUUCGUUCGAACGAUGUGAUAGCGGUCCUCUGCUUCUAAAACUCCCCAUUGACAUAUACUGAGGGACAAAAGAAAGUAUACCGAGUUUGUUUUUAAUGUAAUUGAAAAUUGAAGGAACUGUUGUUAAAUUUGAUUAUGCCUAUUUAACUUUUUUCUCCAACACUUUGUAAAAAGGAAUCUGUGGCUGGGUAAUUUUGUGUAAAAGUAAAUCGGUUCAAUGAAGACUGGGGUAAGAAAUGAAUUUGCCCAUCUGUUAUGUAUUAUGCGAUUUUUAAACAUUUUUGAAAAGUUUGAAGUCAGAUUAUAU